UCGCAAGGUAUUCGUUGACUUUAACACUCAGUAGGCAGAGAAUAAAUAGGAUAGAAUUUUUAGGAUAAAUAAGUAGAAAAUUGUAAUUAAUUUUUAAAACAAAAAACAUGUCAAAUCGCGGAAAGAAGGGGAAAUCAAGGAGCAAGGAAUUUGAGUUAAACAGCAGCGAUUCAGAGACCGACAAGUAUGAUACCAUUUUGGUGGGCAACAUCCUGAAGAAACUGACAAUCCAAGAACAGGCGUUCAUCACCCAGAAGUACAAGAAGGUACCAAAAAGUCUUAUAGCACUGUGGAAGAAGAUCUAUUCGCGUUUGGAAUUGGGAAAAAUGCAGUGGCAGUUGAGGGGCGAGAAUUUGCAUUGCUUUCUGAAACUAAUGCGAGUCCACUUCCAGAGUGUCCAGUUUCGCUGCGAACAGUUGCAGGAGGAGCUGAAUAUCCUGGAAAAGGCAGGGAUUGAAGAGUUGCCCAAAGUCUCGUCCUGUGUUAUCUACCGGGGCAAUAACGUAGAGUGGGAAAAAAAUGCCAAUUUUCAACAAUGGCCUUUCCACGCCUUGCCCAAGCUGUUGAUAAACUUGAGAGACCUGGAGAUAUUUUCUCCGAUUUAUGCAUGCUUCAUAGAUCAGUUUAAAAAACUUGAAACCCUCAAAAUCCAUGAAGGCAUAUCCAAAUCAGCCGUGAAGGCUAUAAUGGAGAGCGAUCUUCCGCUUCAGACAUUGCACUUUUACAGCAAAAGGCUUCACAUACUUAGGGGCAUUUCCAAUCGCACGCGUCUUGAGAACUUAAUGUUGAAUGUGAAUACAUUUCAAAAGAGUCGCGAAGAAAUUGUACAGCUACCCAACUUGCUGGAUAUUCAAAUUUACGACACCACGGAUCCUGAGGAAACACUCCAGGCUUUAAUAUUUAUGGUCGAUCGCAGCAACAUUAUCAUGAAGAGGUUCAGGCUCAAUUGUGGCUUUAUGUUCCACAGUGAGGGUCUAAAACAGUUGAACUUGAAAAAAUGCUCCGCCUUACAUGAAUUGCAUCUGGUGAACUGUCAGUUCGACUACGAGGACAUGGCCAAACUAAACCUACCAGUCUCCCAAUCCUAUGCCGCCUUUUUCAACUGUCCAGAUCUCACCGAUAUCCAACUAUUGGAUUUUUAUAAAAGUUGCCCCAAUUUGAAACAAUUUAUACUCGGGAGUUGUCCCCAGCUGACGGGAGAACUACUGCAUAAUAUUUUCAAGGUCAGGUGCGACGAAAACUAUAAGCAGGCUUUCACAUUCAUGAUCGAUGACUGCCCAAUACUUUUGAACUCAUAUCAAGAGAAUGAAAAGUAUUGGGAGCGUAAAACAUCAGUUUUGAAAGUGGAAUUCCUUAGAGCGGACGUGGCACCUGCACACUAUGUACAUUUUUAUUUUCACAAAUAUAAUCCAGAGUCAUAGACCCCAGCCUAAUAUUGUACAAGGCUUACAACUUCCAUGGUAAAUUUCUAAAGAAGUUAUUAUUAAAAUAUGACAUUUAUUUAUUAAAUAAAUUACGAAAAAAUUUGAUUGUGUCUGAAA